AUGGCGACUGAUCUAGAUCUUGUUCUGGGCAAGUCCCAAUAUGCUCUCUUUUGUGGAAUCACUCUAUUCUCCUUCUUCAUUUUGAAGUACUCCCUUCUUGGUAACGGCGGUAAAUACCCUUACAUCAAUCCAAAGAAGCCAUUCGAAUUUUCCAACCAGCGCGUCGUUCAAGACUUCAUCGAGAACGCCAGGGACAUCCUCACUAAAGGACGAUCCCUAUACAAAGACACACCGUAUAAAGCACAUACAGACUUGGGAGAUGUUCUAGUUAUCCCUCCCAAGUUUGCUGAUGCUCUCAAGAGCGAGCGUCAGCUGGACUUUACUGACGUUGCCAAAGAUGAUUCUCAUGGCUAUAUCCCUGGUUUCGAGCCUAUUGGAUCGCCGUUCAAUUUAACCCUACUUGUGAACAAAUACUUGACAAGAGCAUUGGCCAAGUUGACAAAACCUCUUUCGAUCGAGGCUUCUUUGGGGGUAAACCAUGUUCUUGGUGACUCUACCGAGUGGCACACAAUCAACCCCGGGGAAGACAUAAUGCGAAUCGUCUCCCGCAUGUCAUCACGAAUCUUCAUGGGCGAAGAGCUCUGCAAGGACGACGACUGGCUCAAAGUGUCGAUCGAAUACACCAUCCAACUCUUCCAGACUGCCGACGAACUUCGCAACUAUCCUCGUUGGACCAGACCCUACAUCCAUUGGUUCCUACCAUCCUGUCAAGCCGUAAGAAGGAAGCUGCAAGAAGCGCGCGACCUGCUCCAGCCGCAUAUCGAUCGUCGAAAUGCCAUUAAAAAGGAGGCCAUUGCUGAAGGACGACCAUCGCCAUUUGACGACUCGAUCGAAUGGUUCGAAAAGGAGUACGAAGGCAAAUCGGACCCUGCUACUGAGCAGAUCAAACUUUCUUUGGUGGCGAUUCACACGACGACAGAUCUGCUUUCCGAGACAAUGUUUAAUAUUGCUCUUCAUCCCGAACUACUUGGACCACUGAGAGAGGAGAUUGUUACCGUGCUUAGUACCGAGGGACUCAAGAAGACUUCGUUCUAUAACUUGAAGCUUAUGGACAGUGUUAUCAAGGAAUCCCAAAGACUUCGACCUGUUCUCCUAGGGGCAUUCAGACGAAUGGCUCUAGCAGACGUUACGCUUCCCAACGGCGACGUAAUUAAAAAGGGUACCAAGAUCAUCUGCGACACUACGCAUCAGUGGAACCCGGAGUACUACCCUGACGCCUCCAAAUUUGACGCAUACCGCUUCUUGCAAAUGCGCCAGACGCCUGGCCAAGACAAACGCGCCCAUCUAGUCAGCACCAGCCACGAUCAAAUGGGCUUCGGACACGGCCUCCACGCGUGCCCAGGACGCUUCUUCGCCGCCAACGAGAUCAAGAUUGCGUUGUGUCAUAUGCUUCUCAAGUAUGACUGGAAGUUGCCCGAAGGCGUGGUGCCCAAGUCGAGAGCGCUCGGAAUGACUCUUCUGGGGGAUCGGGAGGCGAAGUUGAUGGUUAGACAGCGGGCAGCCGAGAUCGAUAUUGAUGCUAUCGAUAGUGAUGAGUGA